CGUAAACACCCGGAAGUUGCAGGUUAUUUCGCAAUGACGUUUUCAAUGAAAAUACAUGCUAGUUGAGGUUGACGUCUUCUAUUGAAUGAUUGGAAAAUAUAUUUGCUAGUGUUGAGCGUGCUGCAUGUAUGAUGAAGCAAGGACAUGCCGGUUUGAUUCGUCACGUACUCAUUUUGAGGUAAUAUGUGUUUACAUGGCAAUAGACUAGUCAUAUUAUUAGCUAGCUAACGUAGCUAAGCAAGCCUCUGUAUCACAGUUCAGCUACAUAACCUAGGCUUAACGACUGUAGACCCUUAAAUGAAUGUCAAAAUAUACCUUGCAGUCCUUUGAUACUAACUAGUUGAACUUACUUGGAAUUCUUCUUGAUUUGCAGUGGGACAUGUUUUCAAAGAGGACAUGGGUGGGCAAUGUUCGUCCUCAGCUAUGACGCAUCUGUGGAAUUGUAAGCACGCAGUUCUAAGGGGCAAUGAUUGGAAGCCAAUCAUCAAUAUCUGUCAUCAAUUGAAGCCAUAAUGUGGAUAACUUCCAAACAGUAAUAGCUAUGUUUAGUCAUUAUUGUGAAAACUUGUGGACAAUGUUUUAUCUAUAAUUUUAGACUUAUUUUAAAUUGAGUGUUAGAGAUAUUAUCAUAGCUAUGGCUGCAUUGAGUGCCAGAAGCUUCCUCUUAAACCUAAGGUACACCGUCCAUAGAGUUGGAAGUUCUGUAAGAGUCCGACUCAUACCUAGCACCAGAACAUGUCUUGUCAAAAGGGGCCAGAUUUUAACCCAGAUGCCAAAAGUCACCCUUCUGUGCUGGGGAGCAGUGAAUGCCACAUCCUGUGUGGCAAGAUGCCAACAGGCCUCCCUGGCACCCCAGACUACAGACAGGAAGUCUGUAGCCAAAGUCCAGGUGCACAAGCUGGUGUUCUUCCUGCGCCUCAGCCUGCGCGCCCUGGUGUUACUCCUGAAGUUCGGCCCACUCCUGUUGCUCUAUCCCCUGACUGUCAUCUCCUCUUACUGGGCCUCUCGCUGGCUGGAUGCCCUGCUGUGGGUCACUGAGACCUCUGGUCCUGCCUUUAUUAAGCUGGGCCAGUGGGCCAGCACUCGCAGGGACAUCCUCUCCCAGGACUUCUGCGAACGUUUCUCCAGGCUGCACGUGCGUGUGCGUCCCCACUGCUGGGCCCACACCAAGCAGUGUCUGCGCCGGGCAUUCGGGGAGGGCUGGAGGAGGCUGUUUGUGUUUGAGGGCAGGGAGCCCGUGGGGUCAGGAUGCGUGGCUCAGGUGUACAGGGGAUGGGCCAGGGUGGACAGCGUGGAGGACCCAGCCUUCCAGGCCCUGGUGGAGGAGAUGGAGAGAGAGGAUAUGCUGGAGGCCUGGGAGAUCCUGGGACUAAACGGGGUCCUGGGGACUCUUAGGGGGCUGUGGAAGGGGAAAGAGGAUGAGGAGGAUGAGGGACAUCAUGAAACCAGGGAGAGGAGCUACACAGAUGCCCCUAAUGUGGACGGUACAGAGAAAGAGCAUCUGAUUCCUGUAGCUAUUAAGGUGGGUAUCAGUCAAUAUGAGGGAAAACAUUUUUUGAGGGAGGACCCUCCAGAAUAAGCUGGUCUGUGGCUUAUUGACAACUACAGUGAGGGAAAAAAGUAUUUGAUCCCCUGCUGAUUUUGUACAUUUGCCCACUGACAAAGAAAUGAUCAGUCUAUAAUUUUAAUGGUAGGUUUAUUUGAACAGUGAGAGAUAGAAUAACAACAAAAAAAUCUAGAAAAACGCAUGUCAAAAAUGUUAUAAAUUGAUCAGCAUUUUAAUGAGGGAAAUAAGUAUUUGACCGCUCUGCAAAACAUGACUUAGUACUUGGUGGCAAAACCCUUGUUGGCAAUCACAGAGGUCAGACGUUUCUUGUAGUUGGCCACCAGGUUUGCACACAUCUCAGGAGGGAUUUUGUCCCACUCCUCUUUGCAGAUCUUCUCCAAGUCAUUAAGGUUUCGAGGCUGACGUUUGGCAACUCGAACCUUCAGCUCCCUCCACAGAUUUUCUAUGGGAUUAAGGUCUGGAGACUGGCUAGGCCACUCCAGGACCUUAAUGUGCUUCUUCUUGAGCCACUCCUUUGUUGCCUUGGCCGUGUGUUUUGGGUCAUUGUCAUUCUGGAAUACCCAUCCACGACCCAUUUUCAAUGCCCUGGCUGAGGGAAGGAGGUUCUCACCCAAGAUUUGACGGUACAUGGCCCCGUCCAUCGUCCCUUUGAUGCGGUGAAGUUGUCCUGUUCCCUAAGCAGAAAAACACCCCCAAAGCAUAAUGUUUCCACCUCCAUGUUUGACGGUGGAGAUGGUGUUCUUGGGGUCAUAGGCAGCAUUCCUCCUCCUCCAAACACGGCGAGUUGAGUUGAUGCCAAAGAGCUCGAUUUUGGUCUCAUCUGACCACAACACUUUCACCCAGUUCUCCUCUGAAUCAUUCAGAUGUUCAUUGGCAAACUUCAGACGGGCAUGUAUAUGUGCUUUCUUGAGCAGGGGGACCUUGCGGGCGCUGCAGGAUUUCAGUCCUUCACGGCGUAGUGCGUUACCAAUUGUUUUCUUGGUGACUAUGGUCCCAGCUGCCUUGAGAUCAUUGACAAUAUCCUCCUGUGUAGUUUUGGGCUGAUUCCUCACCGUUCUCAUGAUUAUUGCAACUCCACGAGGUGAGAUCUUGCAUGGAGCCCCAGGCCGAGGGAGAUUGACAGUUAUUUUGUGUUUCUUCCAUUUGCGAAUAAUCGCACCAACUGUUGUCCACUUCUCACCAAGCUGCUUGGCGAUGGUCUUGUAGCCCAUUCCAGCCUUGUGUAGGUCUACAAGCUUGUCCCUGACAUCCUAGGAGAGCUCUUUGGUCUUGGCCAUGGUGGAGGGUUUGGAAUCUGAUUGAUUGAUUGAUGGCUUCUGUUUCCCUCAUUAAAAUGCAAAUCAAUGUAUAACAUUUUUGACAUGCGUUUUUCUGGAUUUUUUUGUUGUUAUUCUGUCUCUCACUGUUCAAAUAAACCUACCAUUAAAAUUAUAGACUGAUCAUUUCUUUGUCAUUGGGCAAACGUACAAAAUCAGCAGGGGAUCAAAUACUUUUUUCCCCUCACUGUAUAUCCUAUUAGAGAGAUGAGGCAACCUCCAAAGUGUUCCAAACAGAGGACGUUAUUGCCAUAAUGCGAAUGGGAAUGUACAUAGAUAACUGACAGCACAAGUAGAGCAACAAGGCUAUUAACAAAGGAAGGACUGUAUGAAAAUGUAUACAGUGCAUUCAGAAGUAUGCAGACCCCUUGACUUUUUCCACAUUUUGUUAUGUUACAGCCUUAUUCUAAAAUGGAUUAAAUUGUUUUUUCCCCCUUAUCAAUCUACACACAGUACCCCAUAAUGACAAAGCAAAAACAGGUUUUUAGAAAUGUUUCCAAAUGUAUAUUUAAAAAAAACCCGGAAAAGACAUUUACAUAAAUAUUCAGACCCUUUACUCAGUACUUUGUUGAAGCACCUUUGGCAGAGAUUACAGCCUUGCGUCUUCUUGGGUAUGACGCUACAUGCUUGGCACACCUGUAUUUGGGGAGUUUCUCCCAUUGUUCUCUGCAGAUCCUCUCAAGCUCUGUCAGGUUGGAUGGGGAGUGUCGCUGCACAGCUAUUUUCAGAUCUCUCCAGAGAUUUUCGAUCGUGUUCAAGUCCGGGCUCUGGAUGGCCCACUCAAGGACAUUCAGAGACUUGUCCCGAAGCCACUCCUGCGUUGUCUUGGCUGUGUGCUUAGGGUAGUUGUCCUGUUGGAAGGUGAACCUUUGCUCCAGUCUGAGGUCCUGAGCGCUCUGGAGCAGGUUUUCAUCAAGGAUCUCUCUGUACUUCAUCCAUUCAUUUUUCCCUCGAUCCUGACUAGUCUCCCAGUCCCUGCCGCUGAAAAACAUCCGCACAGCAUGAUGCUGCCACCGCCAUGCUUCACCGUAGGGAUGGUGCCAGGUUUCCUCCAGACAUGACACUUGGCAUUCAGGCCAAAGAGUUCAAUCUUGGUUUCAUCAGACCAGAGAAUCUUGUUUCUCAUGGUCUGAGAGUCGUUUAGGUGCCUUUUGGCAAACACCAAGCGGGCUGUCAUGUGCUUCCGUCUGGCCACUCUACCAUAAAGGCCUGAUUGGUAGAGUGCUGCAGAGAGGGUUGUCCUUCUGAAAGGUUGUCCCAUCUCCACAGAGGAACGCUGGAGCUCCGUCGGAGUGACCAUUGGGUUCUUGGUCACCUCCCUGACCAUGGCACUUGGUCACCUCCCCCGAUUGCUCAGUUUGGCCAGGCGGCCAGCUCUAGGAAGAGUCUUGGUGGUUCCAAACUUUUUCCAUUUAAGAAUGAGGGAGGCCACUGUGUUCUUGGGGACCUUCAAUGCUGCAGAAAUGUUUUGGUACCCUUCCUCAGAUCUGUGCCUCGACACAAUCCUGUCUCUGAGCUCUACGGACAAUUCCUUCGACCUCAUGGCUUGGUUUUUGCUCUGACAUUCACUGUCAACUGUGGGACCUUUAUAUAGACAGGAGUGUGCAUUUCCAAAUGUCCAAUCAAUUGAAUUUACCAAAGGUGGACUCCAAUCAAGUUGUAGAAACAUCUCAAGGAUGAUCAAUGGAAACAGGAUGCACUGGAGCUCAAUUUCAAGUCUCAUAGCAAAGGGUCUGAAUACUUAAGUAAAUAUAUUUUAAUUAUUUUUAAUUAGCAAAACAUUAAAAAAAAAACAGUUUUCGCUUUGUCAUUAUGGGGUAUUGUGUGUAAAUGUAAUACAUUUUAGAAUAAGGCUGUAAUGUGACAAUGUGGAAAAAGUCAAGGGGUCUGAAUUCUUUCCAAAUGCACUGUAUGCUCCAUGCACAUAUUACAAUAGAGCUAUACACAAAGGCAGCAUACAAAAAUAGUGUUGAGGAGAGACUGACUGCAUCACUUCUUUAUUUUUAAAUAUAUUUUUACCCCCUUCUCCCCCAUUUCGUUAUAUCCAACUACAAUCUUGUCUCAUCGUUGCAACUCCCCAACGGGCCGGGCUCGGGAGAGGCGAAGGUCGAGUCAUGCGUCCUCCCGAAACAUGACCCGCCAAACCACGCUUCUUAACACCUGCCCUGUUAACCCGGAAGCCAGCUGCACCAAUGUGUCGGAGGAAACACUGUUCAACUGACGACCUUACAGCCCAACACCGUGCAGGACGUUUGGCAUUUGCCAGAGAACACCAAGAUUGGCAAAUUCGCCACUGGCGCCCUGUGCUCUUCACAGAUGAAAGCAGGUUCACACUGAGCACAUGUGACAGACGUGACAGAGUCUGGAGUCGCCGUGGAGAACGUUCUGCUGCCUGCAACAUCCUCCAGCAUGACCGGUUUGGCGGUGGGUCAGUCAUGGUGUGGCAUUUCUUUGGGGGGCCGCACAGCCCUCCAUGUGCUCGCCAGAGGUAGCCUGACUGCCAUUAGGUACCGAGAUGAGAUCCUCAGACCCCUUGUGAGACCAUAUGCUGGUGCGGUUGGCCCUGGGUUCCUCCUAAUGCAAGACAAUGCUAGACCUCAUGUGGCUGGAGUGUGUCAGCAGUUCCUGCAAGAGGAAGGCAUUGAUGCUAUGGACUGGCCCGCCCGUUCCCCAGAGCUGAAUCCAAUUGAGCACAUCUGGGACAUCAUGUCUCGCUCCAUCCACCAACGCCACGUUGCACCAGACUGUCCAGGAGUUGGCGGAUGCUUUAGUCCAGGUCUGGGAGGAGAUCCCUCAGGAGACCAUCCGCCACCUCAUCAGGAGCAUGCCCAGGCGUUGUAGGGAGGUCAUACAGGCACGUGGAGGCCACACACACUACUGAGCCUCAUUUUCACUUGUUUUAAGGUCAUUACAUCAAAGUUGGAUCAGCCUGUAGUGUGGUUUUCCACUUUAAUUUUGAGGGUGACUCCAAAUCCAGACCUCCAUGGGUUGAUACAUUUGAUUUCCAUUGAUAAUUUUUGUGUGAUUUUGUUGUCAGCACAUUCAACUAUGUAAAGAAAAAAGUAUUUAAUAAGAUUAUUUCAUUCAUUCAGAUCUAGGAUGUGUUAUUUUAGUGUUCCCUUUAUUUUUUUGAGCAGUGUAAUUUAAAGGGCCAAUUUGGAUGCAAUAAAUUAGCUUAAUUGGAGGCUGGCAUGCUAGUUGGCUAUGGCCUCAUAGGAUUCGGUGCCCUGGAUGGUUUUCACGGAAGAAUACUGUACCAAGUUAGCUAGCUGAAUAAACUAAGUUAGUCUAUUCCUAGAAAACAUUGAACUGCUGUAGUUUACAACAAUUAUAAUUUCUAAAGUGGAAGUUGGGAGAGUUAUAUUUGAGUGUUUCAUUGAAACGUAAGUGAGGGAGGCCCCGCUCUCUCGCUUUCCCAGAUGUUUAGUUCAUUUCAUUCCGAUCUGUAGCCAUUUUCUGUAGCCUGUCAACUAUGUGUCUGUCUAUCCCUGUUCUCUCCUCUCCGCACAGGCUAUACAAACGCCUCACACAGUGUGGCUGCUGCCACUCUAACCUGGUGGUCCCUGCACGCACGACCCACGUGGAGUUCCAGGUCUCCGGCAGCCUCUGGAACUGCCGUUCUGCGGCCAACAAGGCAGAGUUCAUCUCAGCCUAUGCUACCCUCCAGUCCCUCGACUUCUUGGCGCUGACGGAAACAUGGAUUACCACAGAAACACUGCUACUCCUACUGCUCUCUCCUCGUCUGACCAUGUGUUCUCGCAUACCCCGAGAGCAUCUGGUCAGCGGGGUGGUAGCACAGGAAUCCUCAUCUCUCCCAAGUGGACAUUCUCUCUUUCUCCCCUGACCCAUCUGUCUACCUCCUCAUUUGAAUUCCAUGCUGUCACAGUCACUAGCCCUUUCAAGCUUAACAUCCUUAUCAUUUAUCGCCCUCCAGGUUCCCUUGGAGAGUUCAUCAAUGAGCUUGAUGCCUUGAUAAGUUCCUUUGCUGAGGAUGGCUCACCCCUCACAGUUCUGGGUGACUUUAACCGGCAGACAUAUCAGUGUGGAUGACGGAUCACCACCUCAAGCUGAACCUCGGCAAGACGGAGCUGCUCUUCCUCCCGGGGAAGGACUGCCCGUUCCAUGAUCUCGCCAUCACGGUCCUCCUCCCAGAGUGCAAAGAGCCUUGGCGUGACCCUGGACAACACCCUGUCGUUCUCCGCAAACAUCAAGGCGGUGACCCGAUCCUGUAGGUUCAUGCUCUACAACAUUCGAAAAGAACGACCCUGCCUUACACAGGAAGAGGCACAGGUCCUAAUCCAGGCACUUGUCAUCUCCCGUCUGGAUUACUGCAACUCGCUGUUGGCUGGGCUCCCUGCUUGUGCCAUUAAACCCCUACAACUCAUCCAGAACGCCGCAGCCCAUCUGGUGUUCAACCUUCCCAAGUUCUCUCACGUCACCCCGCUCCUCCGCACACUCCACUGGCUUCCAGUUGAAGCUUGCAUCUGCUACAAGACCAUGGUGCUUGCCUACGGAGCUGUGAGGGGAACGGCACCUCCGUACCUUCAGGCUCUGAUCAGUCCCUACACUCAAACAAGGGCAUUGCGUUCAUCCACCUCUGGCCUGCUGGCCCCCCUACCUCUGCGGAAGCACAGUACCCGCUCAGCCCAGUCAAAACUGUUGGCUGCUCUGGCACCCCAAUGUUGGAACAAGCUCCCUCACGACACCAGGACAGCGGAGUCACUCACCAUCUUCCGGAGACACUUGAAACCCCACCUCUUUAAGGAAUACCUGGGAUAGGAUAAAGUAAUGCUUCUACCCCCCCUUACUCCGCCCCAAAGAGAGAAAAAUAAUAUAUAUAUAUAUAUAAUUUUAAAGUAGUUGUCCCACUGGCUAUCAUAAGGUGAAUGCACCAAUUUGUAAGUCGCUCUGGAUAAGAGCGUCUGCUAAAUGACAAAUGUAAAUGUUAUUUCUCAGAGAUCAAAUUACAUAAAGAAAACAAUUUCAGCACAAUCUGAGAUGGGGGGUGUCAUGGCAUGCUGAAUUGACAUGGAAUGACUCUAGGGCCAGAGGUGUGAAGGGCCAGUUUACUACCCAUAGCCUAGGCUCUAGAGGGGGAGGGGAGCCUACUGCAAGAGUUAGAGUUUGUGUCCCUGAGAGAGGGCUGUGAGAAUGAGAUGGUGUGCUAAGAGUCACCGGCAGGGAAUUCGUAAAAUGUUUUGAGGUGCCAAGAACUGCAUAUCUGUACUCAAAUUGACUUAUUACAGUGGGGGAAAAAAGUAUUUAGUCAGCCACCAAUUGUGCAAGUUCUCCCACUUAAAAAGAUGAGAGAGGCCUGUAAUUUUCAUCAUAGGUACACGUCAACUAUGACAGACAAAAUUAGAAGAAAAAAAAUCAAGAAAAUCCCAUUGUAGGAUUUUUAAUGAAUUUAUUUGCAAAUAUGGUGGAAAAUAAGUAUUUGGUCAAUAACAAAAGUUUCUCAAUACUUUGUUAUAUACCCUUUGUUGGCAAUGACACAGGUCAAACGUUUUCUGUAAGUCUUCACAAGGUUUUCACACACUGUUGCUGGUAUUUUGGCCCAUUCCUCCAUGCAGAUCUCCUCUAGAGCAGUGAUGUUUUGGGGCUGUCACUGGGCAACACAGACUUUCAACUCCCUCCAAAGAUUUUCUAUGGGGUUGAGAUCUGGAGACUGGCUAGGCCACUCCAGGACCAUGAAAUGCUUCUUACGAAGCCACUCCUUCAUUGCCCGGGCGGUGUGUUUGGGAUCAUUGUCAUGCUGAAAGACCCAGCCACGUUUCAUCUUCAAUGCCCUUGCUGAUGGAAGGAGGUUUUCACUCAAAAUCUCACGAUACAUGGCCCCAUUCAUUCUUUCCUUUCGUCCUGGUCCCUUUGCAGAAAAACAGCCCCAAAGCAUGAUGUUUCCAACCCCAUGCUUCACAGUAGGUAUGGUGUUCUUUGGAUGCAAACACGACGAGUUGAGUUUUUACCAAAAAGUUAUAUUUUGGUUUCAUCUGACCAUAUGACAUUCUCCCAAUCCUCUUCUGGAUCAUCCAAAUGCACUCUAGCAAACUUCAGACGGGCCUGGACAUGUACUGGCUAAAGCAGGGGGACACGUCUGGCACUGCAGGAUUUGAGUCCCUGGCGACGUAGUGUGUUACUGAUGGUAGGCUUUGUUACUUUGGUCCCAGCUCUCUGCAGGUCAUUCACUAGGUCCCCCCGUGUGGUUCUGGGAUUUUUGCUCACCGUUCUUGUGAUCAUUUUGACCCCACGGGGUGAGAUCUUGCGUGGAGCCCCAGAUCGAGGGAGAUUAUCAGUGGUCUUGUAUGUCUUCCAUUUCCUAAUAAUUGCUCCCACAGUUGAUUUCUUCAAACCAAGCUGCUUAGCUAUUGCAGAUUCAGUCUUCCCAGCCUGGUGCAGGUCUACAAUUUUGUUUCUGGUUCCUUUGACAGCUCUUUGGUCUUGGCCAUAGUGGAGUUUGGAGUGUGACUGUUUGAGGUUGUGGACAGGUGUCUUUUAUACUGAUAACAAGUUCAAACAGGUGCCAUUAAUACAGGUAACGAGUGGAGGACAGAGGAGCCUCUUAAAGAAGAAGUUACAGGUCUGUGAGAGCCAGAAAUCUUGCUUGUUUGUAGGUGACCAAAUAUUUAUUUUCCACCAUAAUUUGCAAAUAAAUUCAUAAAAAAUCCUACAAUGUGAUUUUCUGGAUUUUAUUUUCUCAAUUUGUCUGUCAUAGUUGACGUGUACCUAUGAUGAAAAUGACAGGCCUCUCUCAUCUUUUUAAGUGGGAGAACUUGCACAAUUGGUGGCUGACUAAAUACGUUUUUCCCCCACUGUAUAUAUGGGACAUGAUUUUGUUAGGAAACAUGUAAUAAAUGCCCUCCUCUUCUCUCUUUCCAGGUGCUUCAUCCAGGGAUCAGGAGACGGGUAGAGAUUGACCUGCUACUGAUGAGGGCAGGCAGCUGGCUCAUCAACUGUCUGCCUGGAUUCAAAUGGCUCAGCCUGCCUGAGAUAGUGGAGGAGUUUGAGAAGCUAAUGACCAAACAGGUAGCCAACUCCAGUACACACUGUAUUCAGUGCCAAUUGAAUAGCUGUAGGUUUUAACAAUUUCAAGUGCAGUUUUUAGUUCUAAUGGAUUGAAUCUGCUGUUUUAUUGCAGAUUGACCUGCGGUUUGAAGCCAAUAACAUCGAAAGGUUCCGGGAGAAUUUCAAGGAUGUUGAUUUUGUCAAGUUCCCAACUCCUCUUCGACCAUUUGUCACCAGGUCCAUUUUAGUGGAAACCUUUGAGGUAAGUUGAGACGGCACCUUCACCACGAUGCCAAAUACGAAUAGAGGAAAGUAAUGACAUAACACCAGUAAAAAAAUCAAUGGUAGAGGUUGAAUAAUAGUGAUGUGCAGUUCGAACGAUUCGUUCUUGUUGAACAGCUCUUUACUGAGUCGAGAGUCAUGAUUCGUUUUUAUGAGUGACUUGUUCAUUUUAGUCGUUUGUUUGGCCUGCUGGCCACAAUGAGUCCUGCAGCAGGACUAAUACACGCUCCUCUGGCUCAGCGGCUCCACACCAUGUGCUUUGACCAACAACUGUCUAUCAUAUGUGCGCUUAGGAAAAUGUAUCAUGCUGCAGGCAUCAUAGAGAAUGAAGACAUACCUACAAUUGAUUGUUGAUCACAUGGUGCUAGAAUGAAUGUAAUUAAUUGAUUAUGGAAUGUUAUGAUGGACACCGCUUUGUAGAACCAAAACAUACACAGUCUCUGCUCAACAAACUUGAACUCGAGAACGAAUCAUUUGGGGGGCUGUUGCAGUUUGCCAAAUGAUAUUGUGCUUAUCACCCUCACGGCAGUCAAGCAAUUGCAUUCCGCCAAGAGUCAUUCACAAUCUAGUGAAGUUGCGGCCGCAACUAUACCUCGUUUCAAAGGAAUCAAUAAAUAAUCUUAUUUGUAUGCCUAGCAAGCACAAAUGUAAAUUGUUUAAAGCACACUUUUACAAGUCUCAGUCACAAAUUAAUUAAAUGACAGCUCCAAUAAGCCCCCUAUGGUGAACGAGUUUUCAAGUUUUCUUUGGAGUUUUCAGUUCAUCGUUUGCCGUAGGGGGUCCUGCAUGCUUUGGGCAUUACUGAAUGAAAUGAACGAAAUUAGUCGAAAGAGACAACUCCCCAUCGCUAUUGAAUAAGUGACCUGUUAACUGUUUCAGGAGAGUGAGCCCAUCUCCAACUACCUGAGCCCUGAGGUCCCUCUAAAGGUGAAACAGAGAAUUGCCAGGAUGGGAGUGGACAUUCUUCUCAAGAUGGUGAGAGGGCCUAAGCAUGUUCCUCUUUGUGACCUCUGCAACUGGAAAUACAUAUUUGAAACCCUUCAUAUACCUACUUCUUUCUUAACAUUGAAUGACGAUGACCAGCUCCUUAUCCUCCUAUGUGUAUUUGUGUGCCUUUGUCUAGGUGUUUGUGGAUAACUUUGUGCAUGGGGACCUGCACCCGGGUAACAUCCUGGUCCAACGUAGCAGGGGUGGAGGGGACAACGACCCCCAGGGAAGGGCCACCCUGACGGACCUGUGCGACACGGUGGUGGUAAGCAUGAGGCCGGCCCCGGCCCCUUUGCAGCUGGUGCUGCUGGACGCUGGCAUCGUGUCACAGCUCAGCGACAGAGACCUUAGGAACUUCAGAGCCGUGUUCACCGCCGUGGUGCUACGACAGGUGAGAGACGCACGCACACACCACACACAAACAUUAAUUUAGAACUUCUCCUAGAAGCUCCAGAGGAGGCCAAAGAGGGGUUUAUGAGGCUUCUCACUUGCCUGAGUAUUGCGAUGGAGGAUGGGGUAUCCAAUGAUGUCAUGAGCUUCUAACACCCAUAGCUGUUGUGUUUAGGGGGAACAGGUGGCCGAGCUGAUCCUGAACCAUGCCAGGGCCAACGAGUGCCAGGACGUGCCUCGGUUCAAGAAGGAGAUGGCAGAGCUGGUGGACCAUGCCCUCAGCAACACUCUCUCACUAGGCAAGGUCCAAGUGGCUGAUUUGCUAUCCAGAGUCUUCGGAUUGCUCAUCACCCACAAGGUAAAUAAAACCAGUCCUGGAGUGAGAAAGUCUAGUUUCAAAACCACCAACCUUUUCUGUAAUAUCAAUAGUUAUGGCUAGAUAUUUCUCACAUUGUGAGUUUGUUACCAAGACUGCUGUUGACUUGUGGUUUGUUUGCCCCUCAAUCAGGUGAAGUUGGAGAGUAACUUUGCAUCCAUUGUGUUUGCCAUCAUGGUGCUGGAGGGGCUGGGGAGGUCUCUGGACCCCAACUUGGACAUACUGGAGCUGGCCAAGCCUUUGCUGCUCAAGAACGCUGCCUCCCUCCUCUGACCCUGACUCCCCUCACACCACCUGCAUAUCACUACAUCUGAGCAACACAGACAUGGGCAGUGUUUGACAGCAUCACCGACUGAGAACACUGACUUAUCUACAAAUCAUAAUUAUUUAGGAUGCAAGGUGAUUUGUUGAUCAGUCAGCAGAAUUGAUGAUCUCAAACACAGCCAUGGAUACCUCAUUUAGGGCCCAGAGUAUUUCCUGGUCACGUGGUCUGUAAAAAAUCCUGGCCCUCCGCCUGUUACAUUAGUGACUGACUGAAUAUACCUUGUAGAGUGUACCUUUACCUGUGAAAUGUGAAUCAUUGCUUGGUUAAGGUGUCCAAACAUCUCAAUAACUAUCCUGUUAUACUCCUAUGUAAGUGGUAUGCCUUGCACACGAUCUCCUUACCUUACAUGCUGGUCAGAUGAACUGCAAGUCAUCAUUUAUACGUGAAUACCCAUGUGAUUUCCUUGUGUUUUAAUAAAAAAUGACAACGUUGUGCUUACACUUUGUAAGCACUGCAGACUAUUUUCCAUUUAAUAAAAUGGUGAGUUUUAACAUCUGAAUUAGUGACAAUCCUUAGUAUAUCGUUUUAUACUAUUCUAGCAAUCUCAGGGUAUUGUUAGGAUAGUGUUUUAGCAUGCAACUAGAAUAAUGCAAUGUAAUGUGUUUUAGAAUCAUGUCUGAUGGCUAGGCAAAAUGUUCCUUUUCGUGUGUAUUAUAAUGUCAUUUAGCAGACGCUCUUAU